AUGGAUACAAAUUGCUCUGUUGAAACGAUUACAUCUAAUGCAGUUAAUUCCCAACGACAAGACGUGGAAAAAAAAAUUCAUAAAAUGGAUAGCUUACCCUUCCCUGCCGAAACUGGGGCCAAGAUAUGCAUAAGAGACAAAUAUAUUAGCCUCAUAACCGCUAUUCGUGAUUCACGCGAAGCCUGCAACAUAUGCCGCAGCGGCUGUACAGCCCAACGCUCAUCGCUAUCCCCUUGUUAA